AUGGCCGCAUCGCUCUACCUGCUGUACCGUCGCCGUCGUGUCGUCGUGCCGGCCGGUCAGUCGAGCGGCACGCUACAACGCCUUGGUCUUGACGUGCUGACGCCCAGCGGCUGCGAGCGUGCGCUCGUGGCCCGUGGCCGUCUGCCGGCGGGCAAGCGCCUCACGGGUCUUUCUCGUUACGUUUCGCCCCUUCUGCAGCAAUACCUACUGGUAUCAGCGCUGCAGUCGACUGCGUCGUGGCUGAGUCUCGUGGCGCUGCGUCACCUGUCGUUCCCGGCCAUUACGUUGGCCAAGUCCAGCAAGCUCGUGCCGGUGCUUGUGAUGAAUGUACUGCUGUACCGCCGGCACUUUGCGACGUACAAGUAUGUGGUCGUUGCCCUCGUGACUGUCGGCGUGUGGAUGUUCAUGGCGCUUGGCAAGAAGAAGGCAGCGGCAGUGGCUCAUGGCAACAGUGUCCUGGGUAUGACGCUGCUUGCCGUCCACCUUAUGCUCGAUGGUGCGACUAACAGUACACAAGACGAGGUGUUUGCGACGUAUGCGUCGUCCGUGUCAGGCACGCAAAUGAUGCUCGUCAUGAAUGCCAUUUCGGCGACCUACAUGACGACGGCGCUCCUUGUGCCGGAGGGCCUUGUGCACUACUUGGUAGUGCAUGCGCGCCAGCUCCUUGCGUCGCUCGUUCAUCCCCACUGGAUUGCAGCGGUGCUUAUGGCUGGUAUUAGUACGCCCAAGCUUUCGUGGACGCCGCAGCUUGUGAGUGGCUGCCAGUUCCUUAUGCGCCACCCUGACGCAGCACGCGACGUGCUUGGCUAUGCCAUGGCUGGUGCGCUUGGCCAGAUUGCCAUCUUUGAAACGCUCGAGCGUUUCGGCAGCCUGACCCUUGUUUCGAUUACGGUCACGCGCAAGUUGUUCACGAUGCUGCUCUCCAUUCUCGUGUACAAGCACCACCUGCGCUCGCUGCAGUGGGUCGGUGUCGCUGUGGUGUUUGCUGGUCUGUUUAUUGAGAUGCGCCAGAAGCAGCAGCAACAGCGUGCGGCUGCGCAGGCGAAAACUCAGUAG